AUGAACGAAAACGAGAUAUCGUUUCUCCCUCACUGGCCGCCCCUGGUCACAGUCUGCCUGUUGCUGGGAGCAGCCUUAUUUGCAUUUCUCCGGAUCCAUCCUGCUGGUGCUAAGGAUCUCCCCCUCCCACCUCAACCCAAGGGCAAUCUCAUCCUAGGAAACCUGUCUGAAGUUAUCACGGCAAGCAAGCAGAGCCUCCAACAUCUGCUGAUGCAAAACUGGGCUCGCCAGCACGGCGAGGUGGUUCGCGUCCGCAUCGGGCCGAUAAGCAAUUAUUUCCUCAAUUCGGAUCGUGCUGUCAAGACUAUUCGUUGGUCGGCUGCAGAAGGGGGCGGUGCUGAUACUGACUCUUGUCUCUACAAGGAAAUCAUAGAUCGUUCAUCCGCGAUAUCGUCAGAGAGGCCGCGCUGGAUUGUCAGCAACGAACUCAUCUGCAACAAGAUGAAUGUUCUCUUGCUCGAUGGGAGUGAUCCGCGGUGGAAGACUCAGCGACGCGUGAUAAAAACAUAUAUGACCGGCGUACCACGAGCAGAUGCUGGGUUGCCGAUUCUCAACUAUGAAACUGCCAAGUUUUUGCAUGCUAUUACAAAUAGCCCGGAGGUCGGCCAGAAUGGGACUCGGAUUUUGAGGUCGAUUGCUCGGUAUACAUAUAGUGCAUUUGCAACCCUGACUUUUGGGAUGGAUGUACCCGAUAUAAAUGAUCCUACCAUCAGCUAUAUUCAUGAAACGGGUCUUGCACAGAUACUGGGCACAAUCCCCGGUAUGCACAUGGUUGAUAUAUUCACAUGGUUGGACCAUCUACCUCUCUGCCUCAAGCCGUGGGAGCAGAAUGCCAGGCAGAGAUUCAAGCGAGAUCUGGAAUGGUGUUCGGUGCGAUUACAGAGACUCAGAGACCCUGAUUUUGCUGGAAAAUACAUGACAGAUGCGUUUCUUCCGUCGGUGAUUCGAGGACCCGACUGUGGCGGCUUAGAGACCGCAGAGGAAGCAGCAUAUUUGUCACUUCAGCUUAUCAUUGCCGCUGCGGACACGAGUCAGAUCUCCACGUGGUCCUUCUUGGAAGCGAUGCUCCAAUACCCGGAUGUCCAGCGGAAGGCCCGGGCUGAGAUUGAAGCAGUCGUUGGCGAUCGCCUCCCAGAAUUUGCCGAUCUUGAGGGUAUCCCAUACGUUCGGUGCGUGAUGAAGGAGGUUUGGCGAUGGCGCCCUCCUGUUUCCCUCGGCCAUCCGCACUUUACGACGAAGGACAUAGUCUAUAACGGGCAGUGUAUCCCCAGAGGUUCGCGUUUGCAUGUCAAUGCAUGGGCUAUUGCACACGAUCCAAACAGGCACGACGACCCAGAACGCUUCUGGCCGGAUCGAUACGCUGAUGAUCGCACAACCGCAGAGCAAAGUAUCAACUCCCCCGACGUAACCAAACGCGACCACUUCGCCUUUGGCGCGGGCCGUCGCAUCUGCCCAGGUUACCACGUUGCCGAGCGCUCGCUCGCCAUCGCCGCGAUGCGGAUCCUUUGGGCUUUCGAGAUCAAGUGGGCGCCCGGGAUACAGGAGCCCGUCGAUCCGCUGACAUAUAUGCACCACUCUGAGAUGCCAGGGAACGCUUCUUCGAGGCUUCCUGUUACACUGCGGGUUUUGAGUCAGGAGAAGGCGGACAUUAUCAAUCGCGAAUUUGAGAGGUUGGAACGGGAACGAGCAAAGAUUGCGAGUUUGUCGUCGUUUGACUAA